AUCUCGAUAUCUUUGAGCACAUCACUACGCUGCGUUCCGGAAUCAUUUUCUCACGAGACUUUGAUUCACGUGAGGCUCACGCGAGCGACAUUGUAUCAAUUUGUCAAACUUGAUUGAAUAUCGGGGCUUCUAUUUAUAAACUUGUACACAAAGAAUUAUCGGGAACGGGAAGCAGAAAUUGUGGAAUUUAGGGAUAAACAGGUGUUUGUGUGUUGCGUCCAGAAAUCAAGAAGUAGGGGCAACGUUAGAACGAUUCGUACUGCCAAUGUUAUCAAACAAAAAUAUGUUCUAGAAACUAUGGGAUAGUGAAAAAAGAGCAUGCUUUGUGCGCAGGAUAUAAAUGAAAUGUGUGUGUGUUACAAAUAAAUGGAUAAUUAGUGGCUCUAAGAACUAACUAGAAGGUUUAAAAAUGGAUCUUCUAAGUCUACCGAUGGUGAUGCUUGAGAACAUUUUCUCCUAUUUGAGCUAUGAUGAAGUUGCAAAGAAUAGACUGGUCUGCUCAGCUUUCAACGAGAUAUGCAAGCGAAGACUGAACCGAGGGUUCCUGGCCAUCGAGCGGCGCCACUCCGUCGCACUGAAGACUGUCAAGGCACAGCUGCCUCGGAGAGAGUCUGAACGCAGAUACCACCCGCUAGCGCGCCACUGCGACAUCCUGUCGUCGAUAGAGACCCGCAUCUCGAUGCUCAACAUGACCUACUGCAAGUUCAUAGACAGCGGCCUCUGCUGCUUCAUACCGGGGAAGGUAAUCGACGAGAUCAAACGCGUCCUAGCCACAGUGGAGAGCACGGCGACUCCGCCGCGCGCACACGAGGUGCUGCAGGAGCUGAGGGACAUCUCCAGCAUGGCCAUAGAGCACUUUGAUGAGAAGGUGGCGCCAGCGCUACGCAAGAAGCUGCAAGAGCCCACGGCCCCCGCCACCCACAGUCACACCGCGCUGGGUCCUAUCGCCAUGACUCAAGAGCUGGUGCACAUCCGGCGAAGGUCCUAUCUCAAUGCGAAGCUCUCUCUGUGUCUGGUGUCGCAGUAUAAGAAGAUCUACAGACAUAUGCUGAUUUACAAGAAGAUGGCAGUGAGACAACGCAAGACUAUUCGCGAGCUCACAUCGAGACAGAGUGACCAAGAUGCCGCUAUAGCUGACCUAAAGAAGCGUAUAGAAGAGUGUGACAUCAAAUACAGCGAACUGACACACACCAACCAGGCCGUCGGUGGGAAGGCCAUCGCCGCGUCCCCCCCGCCGGCGGUACAGUCGGGCUCCGCGCCGCCGCUGCGCCACUUCGCGAGCCAGAUCAAGCUGGACCUGAGUGUAUUGCCCAUUGGCACCGGCUCACGACACCGCCCGCACUUGCUACCAAACAUGAAGCCAAGAAAACCGGUCAUCAAAAUGCCUAGUUUCUCAGAAGACAGCGAGCCCCCGCCAAAGAAGCAAAAGAGCGAGGAAACUCAUCAAAAACAGCCUAGCCCUACCCCUUCGACUUCACAAGGCACGGUCAAAAACCGCGCUCAAACCACUAUGGAGAAAAUCAGGGAUUUCGCUAAAGAGAUUAGGAAUUUGGCUAAAACUAGCGAGCUAAAUGUACCCGGCACUAGGAUUAAUAAACGCUCUUUGAGUUUCAGUGCUCUGGAUGACGAAAUUUACGGCAAAAGUGAUAAUAAGAAACAGAAGUUGGAUUAAGUUUUGAGUUCUUGAGAGGUUGGAUUAAGUUUUGAGUUCUUUUUGAGAGGUUGGAACGAAUUUUGGGUUCUUUUUGAGAGGUUGGAUUGACUUUUGAGUUCGAUUUGAUGAACUUGAGAAUUUCGCGUUUGUUAAAAUGUAUGAAUAGUUAAAAAAGUGGUCUUAUAUGAAACUCAGUUUAGAUGGUGUAGUUACGGGAUAAAAAAAAAUGUGCUUGUAGGAUAUUGUAUAUUAUGGAUUAUAUGAGAGAGAAAGAACGUAAAUAUUGUAAUCCUUCUAAAUCUAAAUUAUAGGUAUAUGCUGGGUCAAAAUAGCAGUACCUUUAUCAGAUAUGUAUGCCAUUAAAUAAAACAUGCCAAGUAGCGAAAAAAUAUUAUGAGUAUUUAUGUAGGCAGCUUUAUAAAUUGAUAAUAUGGAUAUGCAAGAGACAUAUGAUGAUUUAUUUAAAAACAAAUAUCUUUAUCUUAUAAAAGUUUAACAUUUUCAUUAAUUACUUCUUAAAUAUUUAGUACUCGUACAUAAUAUAGGCACUUGAUAUUAAUUUAUUGCACUCAUAGACAUAUACAUAACAUCUAGUAAUGUCUCUAAGUUAGUUUGAUUUCUAAACUUAAAAAAAAAUACAUAGGUACCGUAAUUAACCUACAUUUACUUAAGUCGUACAAAAAAAAAAAUUUUUUUAAGUUCAAUUUUAUUUAUUUGCAGUAACCUACAACUCUAAAGUAUAACUUGUUCAGUACACCCCCUUUCGGCUAACAAUUAACCCGUUUUGAAUUAUAAAAUGUGUUCGAUUUUCUCAUAUUUUUUUCAAAAUAUUUUUAUAAUUAUGCCAUUAUUUGGUCAGAUACAAAAUUAAGGUCUUGACUGAUUUUAUGUAAUGGUUAAGACCGUGGUUAUAUCUAACCAUUUCAUCAAUAAAUAAAUGAAAAAAAAAUUAAGCUUUAACCAUUACACGGAUUGUAUUUCCAAAGGAAUAUAUUCAUUCUU